CCGCCUCCGAACCCCUGUCCCGUCUGCCACAACACGCAGGCGCGGCCCCUCAAAUCCUGUCCCGGCCGCUCUCCUGUUUCUCUUCAUUUCGCUCCCCCUCCUCUUCCAGCACCUCAGCAGGUUCGAGCUCUUCUACGUGAGGGUGGCGGCCAUCGAGGAGUCACGUGAUGAGCAUCCUGCUGCCCAACAUGGCGGAGUUCGACACCAUCUCGGAACUGGAGGAGGAGGAAGAAGCGGCAACGUCGUCGUCGUCGCCGUCGUCGUCGUCGUCGGUAUCGGGGCCUGACGAUGACGAAGAAGAGGAAGAGGAGGAAGAAGAGGAGGAGGAGGAGGAAGAAGAGGAGGAAGAGGGAGAGGAGGAGGAAGAGGAGACGCCGCCCCCGCCUCGGGUAGUGAGCGAGGAGCAUCUGCGGAGAUAUGCCCCCGACCCUGUGUUGGUGCGCGGCGCCGGCCACAUCACCGUGUUUGGCUUGAGCAACAAGUUUGAUACUGAAUUUCCCUCAGUUCUAACGGGGAAGGUGGCGCCGGAGGAAUUCAAGAGCAGCAUUGGCCGUGUGAACGCAUGUUUGAAAAAAGCUCUCCCAGUCAAUGGGAGAUGGCUGCUGUGCGGUUGUCUCUGCUGCUGCUGCACCCUGGGCUGCAGCCUGUGGCCUGUCAUUUGUCUCAACAAAAGAACCAGAAGAUCAAUUCAGAAGUUAUUAGAAUGGGAAAAUAACAGAUUAUAUCACAAGCUUGCUUUGCACUGGAAGUUGACUAAAAGGAAAUGUGAAACUAGCAAUAUGAUGGAGUAUGUAAUACUAAUAGAAUUCUUACCAAAAUAUCCCAUAUUCCGACCUGACUGAGGAAUUUUAUUCAGUCACUUCUGUGUUACCUGUCAUUUCCUACCCUUAGUGCCUUGUAGAUGAUUUUGGAAUGAAGAUGGUCUCCUUUGCUGUGUUCAACUUAUUCUUUACAAUGGUAGAAUAUUCUCCUCACACUUUUAUUUGUGUUGGUUUAAGAAGAAAAUUUGCACAUCUUUUUUUCGUUGUUAAAUGAGGCUUGUGUUUUGCACUCUUAAUUUUUAAAUAAACAACACACGUGUGUGCGUGCGUGCGUGCGUGUGUGCGUGCGUGCGUGCGUGUGUGCGUGCGUGCGUGCGUGUGUGUGUGUGUGUGUGUGUGUGUGUGUGUAUAUAUAUAUAUAGUUGCCAUUAAAGAUAAAACAUCAGUGCUGGUGUUUAAAAAACAACAUCUUAUUCUGAGCAUGCUGCCUUAUAAUUUUCAUACUCACUGUUUCUAAAUAUGCAUCAUUUUUCUAGGCUACUUUAAUGCUCUGUAAUCCCUUAUUGGAUAUACAUACACAAGCUUUUGGUAGCUUUUAGAAAUCGUUUUACUCUUACCUGCUUUUAAAGGACAUGCAAUUAAUAGCACUGGUUUUGUCCUGCACUUUGCUAAAUUAUCACUUAUGUUAGUGGAUAAACUAUUUAAACUCCUAAAGACUUGUAAAUAUUGUCUCUUUGCAUAAUGUAAAAUGUGAUAUGCCAUGGUUUACAGAAUGUAAUAUUACUCUUGCUGUAUUGCCAACAAUUCUGCAUAGAUUUUAAUAUGAAUGAAGUUUGCAAGCAUCCUUUUGAAUGUACAAAUUGUUAACAUGCUGUUUUAUGGCAAAGCCAUAAAAGUAUGUUAAAAAUUUCAGGUGUAGGGCUGGGUUGCCCUUUGUAAUGAGUUGAUUGGAACUGAAAUCAUUGUCUGAGAUAUUCUGCGUUGCACCUGAAGCCAGGAACCUUAUUUUUUUCCAUUUAAUACAGUAAUUCCCAUUUUGUACCCCACUCCCACCUCCAAAGUAAUUAAUUUAACAUCUGAAGCAUUUCACAGCCUCACCAUUCCCAUUUAUUUCCCUUCAUGUUUCCUUUCCCUCAUUUGAAAAUAUACACAAUUAUGACCUGCAAGGAGUGUUUCAAGAUUUCAAAUGGCUUGGAUGGUGUCUAGACACCAUGAAAACCACUGCUAGCCCCUUUCUGGAGUCCUGAUCCUCUACUUUGGGAAAGAGAGAAAGCUAAUUGAGAAGCUGAAUCAUAACCGAUAAAAUAGUCUUAAUCUUAUUUUUGAAGAUCUUUUUCAAACAUUAAUGUUUACUUAGACAAAAGUAUUUUAGUUUAUAAAUUCACCACCAGGCAACCUUUUCAUCGAUGCAUAUUUCUCUAUUUCUCUUUACAGUUAAGAUGAGUGAGAGUACCACACUCUAAUUGUUCUAGAAUGUGAAUUUUUAACAUAAUAAAAGCUUUAUAUUGUGUUAAUUCAACCGCAAGUGUAUGCCUAUAUAGGCAUUAGCUCCUAGUGCUAAAAAUAGAAGUAUCUGGGACUGAAUACUAUUUUAUUUAUCAUCUUACUCUUAUUGCUUUUAGUAACUUUUGUAGGCAAACAUUCAUCCCAGUGGAGGGGACAAUCAUUUCUUCAUACAAGAUCAAGCCUUUUAAAGCUACUUUUGAAAUUGAUGCCUAAUUCGAAUUCCACAAUCUAGUAAAAGAAGAGGAGGGAAAAAAGACACUAUUUGAUAUGUGGCUAUAAUUGUUUGCACAAACACUUUUUCACCGCCCUCUGUAGAGCCCCAUUGCCCCCACCAUACCACCCAACCACCCAGAAUCUCUAAUUUUUAAUAUAUUGUGUGUGCCUGUCAAUGUCAUUUGCCUGUUUGCUGCACAAUUGAAGGUAUAUUUUUAUAGACAAGGUGUAAACCUCUGAAAAUGCAUACCAGAUGUCUUGUUUUAUAGCUGAGGUCAGGGAGAAAUUGUAUCUGUGGUUUAUGUUCCAGCUAAUAACAGGUUUAUGCUUCAAGCUGUGACAGUUUAAUACCAAACUUUGUUUGCAGAAUAAUCCAAAAUUUCUAAUUAUAACUUACGGAAUAAUUACUUUUAAGUGUCAACCCAUAAAAUCUCAUUUUUUUCUAUAAACUUAGAAUUUAGCCGUGUGAUGGCCACAGUAACUUUUUCUACCAUGUGUAAGUCACACUUAAUUUUGCUCAAAGUAAAGCAGAAAGUGGUGAAUUGUUUCCACGAUACAAAUACUGAGACAGGAAUAGAGUGCACCUCGAGGUGACAGAGUAUAAUUAUAAUUCAAGUCAUAAAAACCAUUUGCCAGCAUGUGUAAACUUAAUUUUAAAACGUACUCUAAUCAGUCUCAAAUUUAUUAUUUUAUUGAUCAUCAUGCUGAUUGACUCAUCUUAUUUUCUAGAACUACUCAGAAAAUACCCAGGUUUCUUUUUUUCUUUCUUAGAUGACUGCUUUUUCAAACUAUUUUCUUUUGGAGGGGGCUGAUUAGCAUUUGGGUAUUUUGGAGUGCUUUGGUGGGUGGGUGGGGGGCAUUUUCUUUUAAUGAAAUUGGCAACAGUGAAUGCUGAAAUGACAGAGCACACUGUGGUCAUUAAUUCCUCCCCCAUCCACCUUUUUUUCUUUUAUCCUCAGUAUAGAACAUACUUGGAUCUUUUUCAUCAAGUGAGUAAAAUAUUUUUGUGAAAGUUGUUUUUGGAUUGAAGAAAGUAAUUUUUAAUUUCUUGGUUGCGUAAUAUUCCUUUAUGAAACCUGCUGUGGUCCUUUCAGAGAAAAUAACAUGUAUUUGCCAAAGUAUAUAAAUCUCACAAAGCUUUGAGUUUACAAUUAAAACUGGUCCUUCUCUAACAUCCCCUUAUGCAUCUCCACCCCAUUACCUCUUUAAACACCCAAAUUGUUUAUAAAAUGAAAUAAGCGCCAACCUUUUCCAGUUACUCUUUGUUUCCUUCUACCACUGAUGUUAAUUUAGGAAAGAAACCAUUGUAGUCAAAUGUUACAGAUAGAUGGAGAAGUGCCUUGUCUUUUUUGAACAAAGAUAACAUUUAUGUUGACAGAAACAGAAUGGAUGAACUGGUAGACAUUAGAUUUAAAACCGUCUUUUUCAACUAAGUAUAAGAAUAUUUCACUAACACGUUAUAUUUCUUCUAUUUAUUAUUUAAAGCCUGUUUCCUUGUUUUCCCUCAAUCGUGUGAUAUAUUAGUCACAAAAUAUUACAAAACAAGACUAUCAGUCACUUAAAACCUAGUAUAAUUCUAAUGCUGCCAAACAUGUAAUUUAACAUGGUUCUGGAACAACAGUGGUCUUUGAUUGAAACCCUACCCAAACCCACUUAAGUAUUUAAAGGACAUACUAUUCAUAUUAUUAUUACCUAUAAACACUAAUGUCUUAUCAGUUAAUCAUACUGUGUUAAAAUUUAGUACUCUGCCAUUUUUAAUGAAAUUUAUUCUUGUUUUCUUAAUAACUGGAGUGAAGUUCCAUAGCAUUUGUAAGCCUUUGAACAAAUAAUUUUUCCAAGUGUAUAAGAGCUUUGAAAAAAUCAUUAACAUUUUAAUUGUGUUUAGAAAUAAACCACCAUUUACAAAAACCAAACCUCACUACUUGAACAGUAUUUCAUUAGAAUUGACUUUGAUCCAGGAAGAUAUGGAAAUUAUAUACACCCAUUUAAUUGGAGCAGUUUCACAUAGUGAAGACACUUUUUGCUAAUUUGAUUGUAUGAUACUCAAAUUCAUUGAAAUUAGGUCCUCUUAUGCCUAUAAAAUUCUGCUUUAAAAAUAAUCCAUUUUGCAACCAUUGCCAAAUUGUUCGGGUUCCUUUAAAUGGUGAACUAUAGUGAAACUUUCCACAGAAAAGGAAUAGGGUUUAUUAAUAUUACUUCUUCAUGUAAUAUGUAAACUAAAAAUAAGGAUGGAGAUAGAUAGAUAGAUAGAUAGAUAGAUAGAUAGAUAGAUAUCCUUAUCUUGCCCCAAAUUUCUCUUUCCUGAUUCUGAGCCAGCCUUUUCAUUUUAAUGGUGGCAACCUGAGAAAAUGUUCCACUUUCUAUGGACUUUGUCAGAUUCAUACUAUAUGAGGAAAUUAUCUAAUUUUAUGGGCUCCAGGCAAGUCACUUAAAUUACACAUUUUUAUCUGUGAAAUCAUUGAGUUGAACCUACAGCUGGGCAGAAAAUUAGAGAUCACCUAACAUUCUGGGAUUCUAGGAAGUCUUAGGAAAUUUUUAGUCUACAGAAUCUCAGAAUGAUUUUGCUCAGCUCUACUACCCUUGGUGGAAACUCUCACAGUACCUUGCAUGCCGUAAAAGUUUGAUUCACCAAUUGGCUCCUAGCUGAUGUGCGUUCAUAUAACACAGAUUCAAAGAACCUGACGCCUGCUAGACCUCAGCCCUAUGUGGUGAGAAGAAUGAAUGUAGUCUCCCUAGGAACUGAGAACUGAGGUCUGUGGGCUUUGCCUAUGUGGAAUCUGACUAUGCAGUUGGUAGCUGGACAAGAAUAGAGCUGUGACAACAAUGGGACAUGGGAGGACCCACUUUGACACUGAUGCUAAAAGAGCUGCAUAUUCCUAUCCAAUAUCUGUUUCAGUGACUUAUUAAGUUCCAUAUCCUCAAAAAGACCUGUUGGAACAAAUUGAUAAUAUUAGAUGGAAGGGAAAGUGCUAUGGAAUUCAAACCCGGGUCACUUCUGGUUGGUUCAGUUCUUAGCUCUGCUGCUCAAUUCCUCUGUACCUCAUGUCCUCAUUAUGUAAGUGGGGACAAUAAUCUGGACCUACCUCACAGAGGAAUUGAGAAUUUUUUCAUAUAUUAAUGUACUUUUUGAAGUUGACUGAAAGAUAUACUGGAUGUCAUAAUUUUGUAAGUUCUAAAUUACUUUAUGUUGUUGUGUUUUCUUUUCUCAAUCAAACCCUACAGAAUGAGUGUUGCAGUUAAUCGAUUUUUCAGUAGUAAUUUUGUUAUCAGUCCCCUAUGUGUUAACAUGGGUAAUUGUGUUAUGUUAAUACUUGAUUUAGGGAGGAGAAGCAGGUGGAUAUAAAGCAGUGGUUCCCAACUUGGGGCAGAUGAAGAUAGCAGUGAGGGAAUCCUUGAAACUUUUUCAAUAUUUCAAAAAGGAUACUAGAAAUCAUACAUUUACCUAUAAGAUUUCUGCAAUGACAUUGAAUUUCCAUGCAUUUUGCUUAAAGUUUUUUCAAUGCUGUCUAACACUGGUCAUCACAAAACUGAUCAGAAGUUGUGAAUGGCAGUUAUAGUUUUAAUUAAUAAAAAAAUGAGAAAGCGUGUUAUCACAUGCAAUUUAGUAAACAAAAUACUUGAAAACAUGGGGAAAGAAUAAUAAAGGGAUCCUUAUGGUGAAAUGUUGGGAGCCACUUUUAUAAAGGAACUAAAAUUAUUUGACCCUCUCCACAGGUUGCUUACCCAGCCCCUAAAUAAUGCAAUGCUAGAUUAUGUGUGUUUCUGUGCUUUCGCUAGAUUGCACUAUAUAACUUCAGGUUAGAAUUUGCCUUCAGUUAUAUGUUCUGUUUCUGGAUAUAACCGAGCUCAUUUAUUUGGGUGUGUAUGUGUAAAGCAUACAUACAAACACAUAAGAUUGCAAGUGUGGAAAGUAUUAUAAUGUCAUGUUCUAGCAUUGGAGUAAAUACCAAUUUCUGAGUUUUAAAGUAGUUCUGUGUAUAAACUCAACAUGAUGAGUCAAGGCAAUAACUUCUCAAAUGUUCCUUUUAUUCCUGCUCAUUUUGUUUGCAUUUAUCUUGGCUUAAUUUUCUCAAUUUUCCAUUUUUCUAGUAAGCAAAUAGUAUAAAAUUGUUUUAAUGUCUAGACAUUGAAACAAGUUAGGGAUGUUUUAAAUUAUAUAAUCUACAAGCUCGUUUGCCAUUCUUGGACUAAACACAUAAAUAUGAGUCUCGGCUGAAAAACAGGAAAUCCUGGUAGCCAGGAUGCGGGCAUUGAUCAAAACAUCUGUAUGAAAAACCUAGGGUUUCUACUUUUUGGCAGAGGAUUCCUGUUGGGACAGCUUUACCAGAAAAGAAUAAAAGUGCAUCUUGCAUUGUUACAUAGCCUGUGGAAUGGAUUCAUUUUUCUCCCUUGAGUUCUGGAGUGACCCCCCACCUCCGCCAAGAACUCAACAUACAUACAGCUGUGCCAAAAUGAAGGAGACCUGCCUCUCUGAAACGUUCACUGCUGCUUCUGUCUUUGUUGACUUGUCAGAUGUAAAAUUUUAUCUCAGGAUGCAAAAUUACAAUAAAGUGCAAAUCUAUGUUAA